AUGGCGUCCCAAGCCGAAGGAUCACCAACUUCAGGAGGCAGGACCUCCAGCUCUCCGCCUGAGACUGAAUACGCUUAUUCAGGAACAGGCUCCGACCGAGUCCAUCCUUCAACCACCUCUCCCAAACAUUCUCUCCCCACUGGCAUUGACACAACCUUCGAUCUCAUGGAUCCUGAUGCUCAGUUCGAUCCCAAUUUGUACAUCAGCGAUGAGGAGAUGCGCCGCCAGAACGCGGAUUUCGUCAACGACUUCAAUCCAACGGAUGAUUUCUGGGCAGAAGAAACCCCUUUCUUCGCUGAAACUUUCCAGACAAUGGAAUCUCAGGUUCUUCCUGAAGCUCCUUUGACGGAGUCCCCAGAGUCGUACCUGGCGGAACAGGUGCAGCCCACCCCUUCAGUGUAUGCUAAUCUUCCCUACGGCUUAGGUCCGGUGGCCGAGUUCACUUAUGAUGAUCAGCAGCCUGCAUAUGUCGCUCCUAGUGACGUCUUCCCAGCCCCUGCCUACCCAUGGCAACAACCAGCAACCAAUCCCGAACAUGAUCUGCCAUCUUUGGACUUCAGCUACCAGCCAGCUGUGGACGAUGGUCUGUACGAAGGGUAUGAGCGAGUUGAUGUUGAUGCUGAAGACGAUGCCCGAGCUCGAGCCCAAGCCCAAGCCCAAGCUCCAGUGUAUGCUAAUGGUUAUGCUAAUGCCGGUGUCAACCACACCUAUUUUGCCAGUGCAGAAAACGACGUCGACGCUGAGGCUGACUCGGACUCUGAUGACGCAGGUCUUGCUCCAAGCACUCGUCGCAAGCGUAAGUGGCGCAAGAAUCCCAAGAACCGCGAGAAGGAGCGUCACAACGACAGAGUGCGCCAGCAACGACGCCGAGAAAGACUAGCCCAGCAAAGUCAAGUUCGAGGACUCCUCACCCAGCCAACCCAGCACCUGCCAGCGGCUUCAUACAUUGCAGCUCCACAGCCACCGAACAGAGUUCAGCGUAGUCGCCCCCAGCUUCGCUCCGUUGCACCAGCAGCCAAUCUCAAUCACAGCAUGCCUAUCGCCCACCAGCAUCCCGCUGCCGCAAUGCAACCAGGCUACCAGCCAGGUCCGCACGUCCAGUUUCAGCGUGUCAACGGUGGUGAGGGUAACGUGUAUCGUGUUUUUCAGAAUGGCCACGAGACUGGAAUCUGGAGACCUAUCACGGCCGAGCAAGCCAGACAAUUCGAGGCUCAACAACAUGCCAGUCGCAUGGCGAUGCCUGCCUUACGUCCUGCUUAUCAAGCUCCUGCUGCAUACCCAGCUCCGGCUGCCUAUCCAGGCCAUGCUGCGCACCCCCCUGGGGCUCCUGCUGCUUAUCCACCUCCUGCCGCAUACCCAGCUCCUCCUGCUUACCUAGCCCCAGCUGCAUAUCCGAACGCAAGCUUCCCAGCCCUUGCCCCCGCGAACGCGCAAAAUGAAGUUACAAUUCCUCCCUACCUUUGGGACGGACCGACGACGAACAACCUCAUCUCGCCGUCGACUCAAUUUGGAGCCAUUGCCCAGCGUCGCCGCUUCACUCGAGACAGCCGCGCAGCCAACCGGUUUCAUCCUUAUUGAUCAAGUCAAGUCCGGUCAAGGUAAGUUCAAGCACAGCAAAUUCAAGUCGACGAGGGAAGUCAAAGUAAGUCCAAUACAGCACAUUCAAGUCGACGAG